CACAAUAACAAGCCAAGUACCACAAUCUCCUUCUCUUCUCUUCUCUGCUUUUUUUUGCACUCCUCCACACCCUCCCUCUAUUUCCCUUAUUCUGCUUCCUAUUUUCCUUUUUUCAAACUUCUCUAUCCACAAUCCAAAGUGUUUGAACUUUAGAGAACAUGAUGACCAACUAAAAUGUGGUGAUUCACGAGGUUAUUAACACGUUGAUUGCCGUGACAGCGUCCAUUUCAAAAUCAACCGUACUAAGCAAGUGCAACAGUGCCACAAUCCAUGGCUGUGCUUAGCGGGUUUUGGAGCCUGCCCCAUAAGAAUCUUGUGAAAAGGUUGGAAGGAGCUAAAGUUGGUGCUUGGAUUGAUUCAAUGAGAGCCUCUUCCCCAACUCGUGCCAAAUCAGAAAGCCAAGAAAAAAGAUAUUGGAUUCUUUAUCACCCUUCAGCUCUGAAUACCUUCGAGCAAAUAACAUAUAAUUCCAAAGGCAAGCAGGUUGUAGUUUUUCUUGACUACGAUGGAACACUCUCCCCUAUCGUUACGGAUCCGGACAAAGCCUUCAUGAGUCGAAAGAUGAGAGCGACGCUGAAGGGAAUCGCAAGACAUUUUCCCACAGCAAUCGUGACCGGGAGGUGCAGGGACAAGGUCUAUAACUUUGUGAAACUGGCAGAACUUUACUAUGCCGGGAGCCAUGGCAUGGACAUCAAGGGGCCAACAAAAAGCCGAAGUCCAAAGCAAGGUAAUAAUAAACCAGUACUGUUCCAACCCGCGAGUCAAUUCCUACCCAUGAUCGAUGAGGUGUACAAGGUGUUGUUAGAGAAAACAAAGUGUGUCCCAGGGGCUAAGGUCGAGAACAACAGGUUUUGCUUGUCCGUUCACUUUCGUUGUGUUGACGAAAAGAGCUGGGCACCCCUGGCGGAGAAAGUUAGAUUGGUGCUCACUGAGUACCCACAACUUAAGCUAACCCAAGGCAGAAAAGUGCUAGAGAUUCGUCCAACCAUCAAAUGGGACAAGGGAAAGGCUCUUGAAUAUUUGUUAGAAUCAUUAGGAUACGAGAAUUCGAGUGAUGUAUUUCCAAUCUAUAUUGGUGAUGAUCGAACAGAUGAGGAUGCUUUUAAGGUUUUACGCAGUAGGGGUCAAGGAAUUGGGAUACUUGUUUCUAGUGUUGCAAAAGAAACAGAUGCUUCCUACACCUUGCAAGAUCCAUCAGAGGUUGAGCAAUUCUUGCGGAGAUUGGUGGAAUGGAAAAGAUCCAGUAGUGUGAAGUGCACAGAGUUGUAGAUUUUGUCGAUGAUGAGUUAAAGAAUUGACACCACCACCUUGGAAGGGUUAAGGGAUGGAUGGAAUUGUAUGACUUUAUUGUUGAAAAAGGAAAUAGGAUCAUUCCAUUUUCUAUAAUCAUGAAUUUUUUAGGACAAAGUCCGAUCAGAAAGAUUGCAUUGCAUGCGCAUGCGGAUAGUGAAAAGGCAGAUGUUUUAUGGCGAAGUUGCAAAUGCUCCGUCAACUUUGUUGCUAUGAAAUGAAUAUGAAUUGUACUUAUCGUA